GUAGCCUCUAGUUGAGAAGCUUCAAUCAGACGACGGAAUCAAAACAGAUAUGCAGAUCUGUUAAUCUUUCAUCAUCCUCAUCUGCGACUCACGGUACAUCUGCGACUCCGGCGAUCAUCCUCGUCACUCAUCGAUCUGAUACCGUACGUCUGAAAUCAUCUCACCAAUCUGAUUUUGAGGAGAUCUGCCGCUCGAAGAAAUCCUUUCGCCGAUCUGAUUCUGGCGACACUGAUCAUCAUUUCCUUUAAGGUUAGGUUUCGUCUAUAAGGUUAUAUCAUUGUUAACGGUUUAGAUUCAUUACACUGUAUCGAAUUGCUAGGGUUAUGGAAGCUAGAGGUUGUGAUUUUGUUUUGUUUGUGUUUGAUUAACUGAUUGAGUUCUAGUUUUAGGUUUUACAGAAAUUUGAGCUCCUGACUCUGUAUGUUUCUUUGAUCAAAUUUUAAUCAUAGGUUCUACGGAAAUUAGGAUUACUCAACAAUUGAAUCUGUUUUUUGUGUUGUGUUUCUGAAAGUGAAAUUAGGAUUAUUCGACAAUUGAAUUUCAGUUUUAGGUUUUAGAGAAAUUAGAGGUCCCGACUCUGUUUUUCUUCGUGUUUAAUUGUGUUUUGGAAAGUGAAAUUAGGACUAUUGAUCUGAUUAUAAUUUUAGGUUUUACAGAAAUUAGAGCUCCUGAUCAUGUGUUUCUUCUUGCAUGUUCGUAUUCAGGUUUUUAGGAAAGUGGAAUUAGGAUAAGUAAGCGAAUAUAAUUCGUUGUUUGAAUUUUAAUCUUAGGUUUUACAGAAGUAAGAGCUCCUGACUCUGUUUUUCUUGUGUAUUCGUAUCAAUUUGUGUUUAAAUUAGGCUUUACAAAAAUUAAAACUGUUGGCUCUGUUUUUAUUUUUGUGUGUUCGUAUUCAAUUGUGAUUAGUAAAGUGAAAGUAGGCCCGUCGUUUGCCUUCCACGCCGGUAGAAAUCCUGUCGCCCCACACACAACGCUAAAUACAGGGUGGUUUAAUGGACUGGCCUCCAUGUCAGAUAUCCACGUUCACACCGUAUUUUCUAACCCAAAAGGACAGAAUUACACUUUCAUUAUUUAUUUUAUUAUUAUCUUGACACGCAAGAAUAAUGAGUUUCAAUAAACCAAAGUGUUUGGUUCUGUACAUGCCAAUUUUACAAGUACUCUCUCUCUCUCUCUCUCUCUCUCUCUCUCUCUAAAAACUCUCGAUUUCGACUCCCACACACACACACAGAUGAUCUAGUUGCCGAAUCACCAACUCACGUCGUUUCUUCGCAAAUCAUCCUCAUCAAUCUUCAGAUCACAUCCUCAUAGAUCCAGGUAUGAUAUCGCUCGCUCGCUUUAUCUAUCUAUCGACCUAUACAUACACGUAUUUAUGUAUAUAUCGUGUUUACUGCGUCAUCUAUGUUAGUUGUUUGUUCAAUCGUUCGUUGAUCUUCUUCAAUGCAGCAGGCAAAUUAGCUACGUAAGGUCCAUGUGUUUCCCCUAACGGUGUUGCUAACAUGCACCUCCUUUAGGAACCAACGAACUACUACGUGUGUGAGUGUGGUGGACCGGUAAUUAGGUGUUUGUUGCUGAAUUGAUAGGUGCUGUUGUGUGAUGAUGUCGGCUAAUCAGGUGGUGAAAUUACGGAGAAAAGAGUUAGCGGCAUGCAUGACAUGCCCUAUCUGCAAUAAAUUGUUGCGAGAUGCUACUACUGUUCCUGAAUGUCUUCAUACGUGUGAGUCUGUUUAUCUGUUUGGUAUUGUUUUAUCCAUUUCGAUCGUAAUUCUCGAUUCGCCACUACGAGUUUGACUUUGUAGUAUCACAAUUGGGCUUCUUCGUGAUUUAUAGAUUAUUAUUCAUGUUGACUGUCAAAAUAAUUGUGUGUUUGUCUUGUUAAGUUGAUUGAUGUGACUAUAGGAAUGAUUCAGUUACUUGUCAAAAUAUGUCAUGAAAUGUAGGGUGCAGGCCAAUUGAAACUUAAGUUUUAUUUAGGGGUUAAACAUGCAUGCAAUUCUGAUUGAAGAUUAUGUAAAUAUGUGUUAUGAAGAUAAUUAUUUGAUUAUAAUCUAGUGUUAAUUAGGUAACAUGUUAAUGGUAAUGCUUAUCUUACUGUAGUUUUAUAUGAUUAAUUUCAUACUGGUUGCAUAAGAAAUAGUAGUCAAAUGAAAGAGGAUUUCUUUCAAACACUUAACAUCAGUUAUCAAAGGUGAGUUUGGAUCUUUGUACUCUCUUUGGGGUUCAAACAUGGUGUUUGGGUAAGAUGAUAAAGCUUUGAAUAAUCGAUUUGAUACUGUGUUAAUGGGCACGUGUUUGAAGAAAUGCAAAGGCCCGAUACACCUUUGUACAACAUUAAGGCUUACUUGCCCGUUGUCGAGUCAUUUGGGUUUUCAGGUGCAUCGAGGGCGGUGACUUCGGGUCAAGCCUUUUCCCGCAAUCGGUGUUUGACCAUUGGGAAAUGAUGUCUUCUGACCCGUUGGAACCGGGGUCGCAAGCUACCGCACUUGUGGCUAGUAUUCGCAAGAGAAAAGGGUUAAAGGAACAGCUCACUCCCCUCUCUGAAUUUGAGGACAAGCUGUAAGUUGGUGGUUAAGAAAAGAGGUUAAUAAAUAAGAAAAUAUUAUUUGUGUGAGUAUUAUAAGUUAGUAUCUUUAAUAGUUAAAAUUUUUCUGUUAAUGUUAUAACUAUAUAGGGUCAUGCUGCCUUAGUAGGAUAUGCAGCUUACAUCCUAUGAAUCUAUGAUGUCUUAUUUUCUGUAAUGUGUGUUUAAUUAAUAUGUCGAGUUUGUGUUAAAGUUUUCAGUUUUAGUGUUGUUUAAGCUAAUCUUUGUGGGUUUCUAUUAUCCGUUUUAAGCAUCUGAGUGGAGGUGAACACGGACCAAACUUGACCGGGUCUAUACGGGACCGGAAACUGGAAGUGAGGGGAAAGGGAUACCUUCUCGGAUCGUUAGUGGCGGGUUUUGGUGGUGGUUAGGGGAGUGACGAAGAUGGCCUCAAGAGCUCCGACGAAACAUCAAGUGUUACAGCCAUAAGAGAAGCAGAUUCACAUCAGAAAAUUACUCCGUCUCCGGGUUUAGGCUUGUUAGUGAUGCUGUUGUUACAUUGACGACGUUUCUGGAUAAGCAAAUUGGAUUUAAAUGAUCGGCGAGCGUCACAAGCGAGCAAGCAUUGAGUUUGUUCAGGAGCCUUCAACGAUUGUAAGUAAUUUUUAAUUAUGCACGAAUUUAGUUGUUUCUGAUGCUUAAUUUCUUGAUUGAUGAAUCAAUUUUUGGUUUAAGUGAUGUGACGGAUGCAAAAUCGCUAAAUUUGCUACCUCAGGUAGGUUACGUCUGCAAUUGAGGAGUUAUUAGUAGCACAGGGAGAACCAUUGGUAACUGAUUUGAGCAUAGAGUUGUUCUAAAGUUAUGCUUAUUAGGUUUUAUAUGCUUUGUGUUUGUACUUUUUACAUAUGGUACAACUAUCUAGCUUACUUUUAGCUCCACGUUUUGACUACGGGUGUAAAUUUUUCCUUUGACUCUCUUUCUUUAGUUAAUAAUAAUAUGUGUUACUGAUUUCAGCCCAUCUGCUUUUGAGCAGGUAAAAAUAGGUAAAAAAAAAUGGAACGGGUCAAAUCACUCAAAUGGCUGGAACAGGUCAAUGGUUGGCCAAAGUGUACCUAAAAGAAUCCAGAAAUUAUUGCAUGUACAUAUGGACCACAGCCUAUCCAUUUGGAACAUAAGAUUAAACUUUUGGGAAAUAGUCCAGUUGGAAAUGCGUCUUAUGAUGUGUUGGUGGAUGUCCCGUUUCCAGUACAAAGGGAACUUGAUACUGAGAAAGGUUACUGGAGAGCCUUUAAUGCAAAGGAAGGAUGAUACUGCAGCAGUUCUCAAAUCAAGGAAAACGGUGAACAUAAAGGAAAACAGGCCCGUUUCUUUCACUUACGAGGUUGCGUUUGUCGAAAGUGACAUCAAGUGGCCAUCGAGAUGGGAUGCUUAUUAAAAGAUGGUGGGAGCGAAAGUGCAUUGGUUCUCGAUUUUGAACUCGUUUAUGGUUAUCACUUUCUUGGCAGGUAUCGUCCUUGUGAUCUUUUUAAGAACGGUUAGACGGGAUUUGACUCACUACGAGGAGUUAGACAAGGAGGCACAAGCGCAGAUGAACGAAGAAUUAUCGGGUUGGAAGCUCGUCGUAGCUGACGUUUUCCGUGCUCCCAGCAACCCGGGACUUCUAAGCGUAAUGGUUGGAAACGUGGUUCAGAUUCUCGGAAUGGCAGUUGUGACGAUCAUGUUUGCCGCCCUCGGGUUCAUGUCUCCCGCUUCGCGUGGGACUCUGGUGACCGGUAUGCUAAUCUUCUACAUGGUUCUCGGAAAUUCAGCCGAUUACGUUGCUGUACGUAUGUGGUGAACGAUCUUCUGUGGGGACCACAGAGGAUGGGUCUCGAUUUCUUGGAAGGUCGCCUGUUUUUCCCCGGUAUCGCGUUUUAACAAAAUACCAAUACAUUGAUAUAUGUACUUCACCUCCUUUUGUUAAACUAGCUUUUAGUCGUAUUAUGCUAUAAAAGACAUAUGAACGUUGUUCCCGGUAGGUACAUGUACACAUUAAGAGACACUUGAUAUGUGAACUGCCAGAAACCGAUAGUGGCAUCAAACAAUGGUGUAGAGACAGAUUUGUCGAAAAGUGUAGUUGAGGGACUGCACAAGCUCUUCAAUUGCCGGAUGUUGCCCUCAAACAAAAGGUAUACGUAAAGCGCUUAUUUAUCGUCGUUAUUACUGAUUACUGAUGCCAUUGAUCUGGCCAGAAUUGUUGAUCGUCAUUAUUACUGUUAUGCUAGAAAAUGCUAUUGCCGUGUGGACUUCCACCAGAAAGAGAAGAGGAUUAAAGGGCGGUUUAUUCUACAUAUGUGGAGGUUUAGGCUGUGUUUAUGAGUGCAUUAUUGACUAAAUGUGACAGGAUAAUUUGUAUCUUUAUGGUAUCCUGAUAUAGAUGUCUUAUGUACUGUUUCACCAUGCACUAAUGUUUUCGUUCAAAACAUGUUUUUUUUAAGUAUAUUUUUUAUUGUUAUGAUAACUUUGGUAUUUGAUGUUUCAAGUGGGAUUUUUUAUAUAAUUGUGAAAAUUUGAUAAUAUGUAAAAUUUAAAAUUGACAUUAUAUGCAGGUCAAAAUAGAAAAUGGACAAAAAUAAUUUUUAAAAAAAUAAAUAAAAAAUUGCGACCGCAAAAACGGUCGCAAUUUUUCAAAAGGCAAGCAGUUGCAAAAUGGUCGCAGUUUGUAAAAGUCAGGCGGUCGGAAAACGAUCGCAGUUUGUAAAAGGCAUGCGGUCGGAAUUCGGUCAAAGGCAUGCGGUCGGAAUUCGGUCGCAUCAAGACCGUCGCAACCGAAGUCCCACAAAACCAGGAACAGUCGCAAUAUUUGUGACCAUUAUUAAAGUCGCAAAACCCUGGUCGCAAAAGAUAGCAGCAGUCGCAACUUAGUCGGAAUAGAGCAAUUGCGACGGGUGUUUUUCCGAUUGUAGUUCCGGUCGGAAAACGGUCGCAACAGGGCAAUUGUGAUUGGUUUGCGACCAAAAUUGCGGUCGGAAAAACCAAGUUUUCUAGUAGUGAUAUGUCUAUUUCUUUGUCUUGAUAUCUUGAAUUUAACACUUUCUAGGUUUGUCUAACAGAUUAUAAAUAUGCUUUAUGUAUGAAGCUUCUACUCAUGUUUUUUUGUUUCUAAUAAAAAGGAGAAAAAGAGACUUAUGUCUACUCCUUCAGCUCCUCAUGUUACAUGUUUUCACUGUUAAUCUUUUACAAAAUUGUAGCACAUGCAUGUUCAUCUUAUGUGUGAGAUAUAUCUAAUGAAAACUCUGUCUGAUUUACAGCGAACCGGCAUAUUGAAGCAAUGGAUAUGCCUUCAUCAUGGCUACCAGAGCUGGAAAUGCAAGAUCAAGUGUUCAUGAAUCAAUAUCAGAUGAACAAGCCUUAUUACUAUCCAAUGGAGGAUCUGAGCUUUGAUUCAUUUUCAUCAUACAGCUACACAAAAGCCCCAUCUUUUAUCAAUCAAUCCGUUCAAAUUCAUAAGUGCCUCGAAGAACCGGCUCGUAUUGAACAACCAUUUAAUUACAAAAAGUCCGAUAGUAUUAACAUGAUAUCAUCUACAACUGAAAAACCUAAGGGAAAACUAGUUUCUGAUACUCCCAACACUUUCACAAUAUCUUUCAGAGAUAUACAACCUAAAGAUGAAUUUCAUUCUUUUAGUGAUACCUACGGCGUGAAAAGAACUCGGUCCACUGUUCGGAAUCCGAUCCAGGUUCAAGAACGUGUGUUGGCUGAGAGGAAGAGAAGAGAAAAGUUGGCUCAACGAUUUAUGUCUUUGUCUUCGCUCCUUCCAGACCUGAAAAAGACGGAUAAGGCAACUGUGUUAGAAGAUGCAGCGAACUACAUCAAAGAACUUCAAAAUCGCGUGAAGGAACUCGAGGGCAUAAAGAAAAAGAGCAUGCAAGAAUCUGUGAUAACCGGUAAGAGAUCGAGGCUUAGUAGUAGCGAUGAUAAUGUCUCGUGUUCUAACGAAGCAAACUUAGAAGAGAGUAGUAAGCCUUUGAAUCCGGAGAUCCAAGUGAGCAUGUCCGGGUGCAGUCUACUCGUAGAAAUUUACUGCUGGAGAAACAAUAUAUCAUUAUUGAAGGUGCUAAAUGAGCUGAAGAAACUUGGUUUAUCUAUCAUUAGUUGCAGCACUGUGCCGUUUUCAGAUACCACUCUUCUUGUCACCAUUGUUGCUCAGAUGAAUGAAGACUUCGUUUUGUCAACAGCAGAUGUUGUGAAGAACUUGCAACUAGUUGUUUGAACGUUAUAUUUAUUCGGUCGUUUAGCUACUCUUGAAAAGGGCAAUGUACUCAAAUUUUUAUAUUUGUCUGUUUGAACUUCAAUCUUGAUAGUUUGUGGUCCUAGGGUUUUUAGCCACUGUUUUGUUGAAAAUACGGGUUUUUAACCACUGUUUUGUUGAAAACAAAAGUGCACAUUGACGCUAAACCUUAUAUUUAUACCAACCCAU